GCGGAGAGCAUUUACAGAGAGUCAGUGACGCUCUGUGUUACAGGUUCGAUGAAAUAAUGCGUGGCGUGGUGAACGCUAUUCUUGAUCGGCGUUGAUGUUUAACGUUUUCGGUUCUACGCGGUCUUCCUAGUUUAUUGUGUCUUGCAUGACGUUAGAUUUGUCUUUGUCGGGAGGGCGUGCAAUUUUCACGAUCUCCGUACGGAUAUCUGCGUGACGAUGCCAAAGAGAAAGAAUCAGGCUCUUAUAGAUUCUGACAGUAGUGGCAGUGUGUCGGAAAGUGGUUCGGAUUUGGAUAAUGACUUGUUAUCGCUUGCUAAAAAGAAGAAAGGAAAAUCGCAAGAUGACUCUCAAUCCAAUGAAGACACAGGAACCGCUAAAAAAGAUAGCAAACAUGAUUCAGAUACAUCAGAUUCAGAUGAUGAUUGGGGUGCAAAGGCUGGUAAAAAUAAGAAAAAGAAAGUGCCAACUAAACGAAAUAAACGAAAGAUGACAAAGUCUAGCAGCGAAGAAAGUGCUGGUGAAAAAGAACCUGAGAAGGUCUCUGAACCAGAAGAAGGUGAGGUAUCAGAUUCCGAUGCUAGUGUCUCUGAUUCCAGCCAGGAAGAAUUUAAUGAUGGAUAUGAUGACAAAUUGAUGGGAGAUGCAGAGGAUCAAGCAAGACUUGCUCAAAUGACAGAAAAAGAACGUGAACAAGAAAUCUUCAAACGCAUUGAACAAAGAGAGAUAAUGAAAACAAGAUUUGAAAUCGAAAAGAAAUUGAGGAUGGCCAAGAAACAGGAAUUGAAGAAGCAAAAGGAAUCAAGGAAGAAGGAGAAGAGUGCAGAAGAGAAGAAAGUAGACAGAGCCCCAGAUCCUAAGGAAAGAAGUAAGGAUCGUAAGAAGACAAUAGAGGAGAAGCAAGACAAAAAAUUCCAUGCUAUGUCUCUGCUGAAAGCAAGGAGAGAAGAGAAGAAGGAAAGAGAGGAAAAGGAAAAACAAAGGAUAGAGCAGCAGCAACAACAAUCGAAGGACAUUGAGGAAGAAGAAUUGGAAGACGAUCACAAAGGAGGUGCAAAUAAAACAAAGCUUAAGGCAUCUGAUAUUUAUUCAGAUGACAGCGGUUCAUCGGACAGCGGUGAAGAUGAAGAAGCUCCUAAACCGUCAUCUCAUCGCAGGUCGUCUUCAAGCGACAGUAGAGAUUCCGAUUCUGAUAAUGACAAAAAAUCUGUUACUAGUAACAAGGCUAAACCGAAAAAGCCAAUAUACGUUAGUACCAAGGAAGAUCUCAACAAAAUCAGAUUGUCUCGCCACAAAAUGGAGAGAUUUGUGCACUUACCCUUCUUUGACAGAGUAGUGCAAGGCUGCUUUGUCAGAAUUGGAAUUGGAAAUAACAACGGAAAACCCGUCUACAGAGUGGCUGAAAUUAGCGGAGUCUGUGAAACAGGAAAAAUUUAUCAGCUCGGUGGUACAAGAACAAACAAAGGCUUAAAGUUAAGACAUGGAGCUCAGGAACGCGUGUUUAGACUAGAGUUCGUGUCAAAUCAAGAAUUCACAGAAUCUGAAUUUUUCAAAUGGAAAGAAACUUGUGCUCUGCAAGGAAUAUCUAUGCCCACAUUCGAAGAGGUUGAACAGAAAUUGAAAGAUAUCAAAGAAGCUCUGGUUUAUGAAUUUAAAGAAGAAGACAUAGAGAAAAUAGUACGGGAGAAGGAAAGAUUUAAACAAAAUCCGUACAACUAUGCGAUGAAGAAAGCACAGCUCAUGCGAGAAAGAGAUGCAGCUAAUUGCAGAGGAGACGAUGAAACUGCUAGCCGACUGAAUCAAGAACUGAGCGAGCUUGAGGAACGUGCUUCGGAGCUGGAUAAAAUGCGAACUGCUACAAUAUCCAGUAUAUCAUACAUUAACGAUCGUAAUCGGAAGAAGAACGUCGAGGAAGCAGAAAAAGCUAUAAUGGAAGAGAUCAAAGCUAACAAAGGUAAAAAGGUAGACGAUCCGUUUACUAGACGUAGCACAAAACCAAGGAUGGUUUAUAAACCAGAAGACGACGACGUAGCAACCGCGGCUCCGGUAAACGAUAAAACAGCUCCCCAACAAACUGAUGCUGUCGCAACAAGUAACGACAAAGAAAACGGACAGGAGACAAAGAAGAAGCAAAGCACUGAAGAUUUAUUUAACGCUCAUGAUUUUGACAUUACAAUAGAUUUGGAGGUACCGAUUCCGAAUAAUCCUGUUAGUGUUUUGCCGAAGCCUAUUAGCAAUAUCAAAGACACAGGACCUCGGCGAUCACUAAACUUAGAAGAUUAUAAGAAAAAACGGGGACUCAUCUAACGCCCUAUUAGCUUUAGAGAUCGGAAGAAUGUUUCAAGGAUAAGUUGUAAACGUAAUCGUGUAGUCAUUGAACUAUACACACUUCUGUCCUUGGAUAGCCGGAUUACUUUGUAAAAGCAAGGAUAAAAUCUUGUAUCAGUUGACUGAGAAACUAGCUUAUGUAUAGUUCUCGUAUAAGUUUUGUUUCGUUAUAAAUAAUGACUCCUUCUUUUUAAAAGGAUAUAGGUGGUUCCUACCAUAUAGCUAUUAUAGCCGCGUGAUCAUAAUUACUGCAUUCUGUAUUGAGGAAUGCCAUUCCAAUGUUCGUGAAGGUAUGUUUCGCUUCAUAGACACUGUUAAUGAGUACUUAAAAAAAAAGUAUUAUGAUUUGAUUUAUUUAAGAACUUUGUUAUUGCAUUUGUUCCCCUCUAUUGGUAACAUUACUUCUCUAUCUUUUACAAAGAGUAUAAAUACAUCUCAUCAAUACGAAAAGGAAAAUAAAAAAGAUUAAAACGUAGCUCUAUUUAUAUCUUAAUCAAAAAAAUAAUGACGAGCAAAUAGUUGAAGUAACAAAAAAUCGGUAUUGCUUAUAGAUAUACUAAUCAUAAUUUACGUACAUUAUUAUAUAAAGUUUUCUGUGUUCUGUAUGGUAAAAUAAAUAUCAAUAAGCGACCACCUUAUACAAAGUUACAUGAAUAUUCGAAAUCUACAGAGAUAUUAGUUACGUACUCAAUUUUUAUUACUUGAUACCAUUAAAGCAUACUUAUCAAUAUUUUUUUAUUCUUCUGCAGUGCUUUAUGAUUGUUAAUUGCACUGCAAAUUACUGCCAAUAUAUACUGGCUAUGGAAGUUUCAACAUAUGUUUUACAAAAGAAAUUUGUACAUAUUCUCUAAAGGAUUUAAAUAAUUUAAAGGCUAAAUUCAUAUAUAUAUAUAUAUAUAUGCUCUACGAAAUAAUGACAAAAACAUAUUUUUAGAUGUGUACUUUUCGUUUUUCUAGUUAAUCGAAUAAUUAUUGUUGUCUUCAUUCUAUCAGAUUAGGUAAAUAUUAAUUAUGUUAUGCUAGUAAUUUUGACUAAUAUUCACUGAAUAUUAGGUAUCUUUUACUAUACUUCAUCUGUCCAUUAGAUUAUUCUUUUUACUCAUGAUCAUGAAUAUGAUAUCUUGAAUAAAUAAAGUUUUAUACUUUACAUUAAAAGGAUGCAUUUUUUAAUUACGUAUAUUUAGUUAGGUAAUCGAACAAUCGAAAGGAAACGAAAUCUUCAUUUAAUAACACAUAAGAUUAACUUAAAAUUUUAUUUAUUCAGGAUGUUGAAGACUUAUUUCAAGUGACAAUUUACACGUAAUUAUACGUGCUUAUACGUAUAUUAUUAUAGAAUGCUGACUAGUAUGUAAUGUUAAAAUACAGCAUGUAUUUGUCAUUAUCCACAAAUUUGCCAAAACUGUACAUAUAUGUAUUUAAGCAGUAUAUUAUUAAAAAAUUAUAGAGAAAUUCAUAUUUUUAUUUACAUUACGAGAAUCUUACAUUUUUAUCUUUUAUAGGAAUUAAGGGCUUAAGUAGAUUAGCUUCAAAGUGGAUGAAACUUUAUAAAGACUCACUUAUGUUUGCUAAUAGAGAAUGGUUUGGAACCUAUACAAAUUAUAUAUACAUAUAAUACUCGGUUUUUAUAUUGAUAUAAAUUGUUAGUAUAAUAUACAUUAUUCUGCUAUACCAUUAAUCUAUAGUUUGUAUGCUUAUAGAUCAUAUCUUUGUUUCUUAGCUGAUAUUGUAUAUUAUCGUGAACGAACGAAAUUAUUUAACAUUACUGACAAAAAAAUGAUAAAUUGUAUUAAACAGAUCUCUUACUGUACUAACUGUAGAUGUAAGGUGUACAAUGGGUACACAUUAUAUCACAGUAUCUAGAAUUAUUGCUGCAACCUGUAUUUCUCAUC